AUGAACUUGAACACGUCUGACACACGUGCCGAUUAUAUUCCCGCAGAGAUCGAAUCGCGCAUGCGGAAAGCCUAUAAAAAAAAGAAACUCUUUCUUAGGAGUCAAAAUUCCGAGCUGUUUUCAGCGGUUCACCAGCGUGUACGUGGCGUUGGUGUUCUACUGAACAAUCCACUCUAUGGGCUACACGAAAGAAGAGAAAGAUUUUUGCUUGAAAAAGUCGAAGAGUGCCUUGGCUCCGGUGCGUUUGGCCAGGUGUACAAAGCAAUUGUGCGUAUUGAUGGCAAAAAAGAAGUCUUAGCCCUUAAAAUGCCUAAUAAGAACCUACCGCCAGAAGAACGAAAAGCAUUUCGGCAAGAAAUAGAGUUUCUCAAGCGUGUGGGAAGCCAUCCGAACAUCGUCGGUCUCAGAGGCUUUUGCUUAGAAGAGAAUAACGCUUCAAUGCUUAUCGAAUACUGUCCUUUUGGCGAUUUAAAAACUUACCUAGAUCGAAUCCGAAACGAACUCGAGAGCGCGAGCCUCUCAGAAACGAAAAUGACCAGUUUCGCAUGGCAGAUUUCGUCAGGUAUGGAGUACCUCGCUGAAAGGCGGCUCGUUCAUAGAGAUUUGGCGGCACGCAAUAUUCUAUUGGAAUCAGAUGCAAAAGUCAAAAUCACCGAUUUUGGCCUUUCCCGUGAUAUAUACACAGAAGGUUUAUACUACAAACGGUCGGCCGGUAAACUGCCGUUUCGGUGGAUGGCACUGGAAUCGUUCUCUCGAGCAGAGUAUUCGGAAAAGUCGGAUGUCUGGUCAUUCGGCGUGCUCAUGUGGGAGAUUGCGACUUUUGGUGAACAACCCUUCGGGGCUUUACCCCCAGAUGUGGUUAUUGAACAGCUUCGACAAGGCGUUCGUUUGCAUCAGCCGGAAACCUGCUCGAUAGAGCUUUAUGAGAUCAUGAAAGCAUGCUGGCAUGAAUCCCCCGAUGGCCGACCGACGUUCAGCCAGCUUAAGCAACAAUUAGACGCAUUACUGGUGCAGACCCAAGAAUACUUUAGUUUCGACGGCUAG